CCUAGCAAAUUAUAGCAGCUUGGCAGCUUUCUUAUUUCAGAAGCAGGGAGGCCUGUGGAUGGGACGAUGGAUCCGGGAGAAAACCGCGAAAUCCAAAAAGCCCCGGGAUCUUUGAUAAAGGCAUCAGGCUAUCUGCUUGCUGUUGCCUGAUUCCUCAUGUCGAAUUUCCUCUAGCGUGCGGUGUGUGUUAGCAUGCACCACCAUUAGUUGAAAACUUGGAAUAUAUGCUUUGCUUCAUCCUAAAAAAAGAAGAGAAUACAAACUCCUUGAUCAUGCGUCCCCUUGCACCAUAACAGCAUACGGCAAAGGCUUUGCCCGUGCCCGAAAAAGGACCCACAGCCAAUGAGUCUUUGCUAGCUUCUGUUUGCCGUGUGUUGCACACGGCAAAACUUUCGCCUUGUGUAAUGUGGGCUUUGUCUUUGCCCCUGGCACACGGCAAACUACUGCAAUCCAGUAGUGUAGCUUUGUGUGUUAGCACCACCAUCAGUUGCAAACUUGGAAUAUAUGCUUUGCUUCACCCUAGAAAAAGAGAAAGAGAAUACAUACUCCUUGUCUCCUUGAUCAUGCGUCCCCUUGCACCGUAACAUCAGAAAGAAGAAGAGAGGUUGGUCGUGAGGAGAACCGUACCAGCGCGUGCAAGAGAGAAUCCAUGGAGGGCGCGGCGCAGAACCUGGUGAGCAAACUUGGGCUCCUGGUCGGCGAGGAGUUCCAGAAGCUCCGCGGCGUGGGCGGCGAGGUUGCCCGGCUGAGGGACGAGCUGGCCACCAUGAACGCCCUCCUCCGGAUGCAGUCCGAGGCGGAGCAGGGCGCCGUGGACCACUUCCUCCGGGAGUGGAUGAAGCAGCUUCGGGAGCUCGCCUACGACGCCGAGGACUGCAUCGACCUCUACUUGUUCCGCAUCAGGUGCCGUCCCGGCGACGGGGUCCUCGUCUGGUCCAAGCGCCUGCUCGCGACGCUCUUGCCUCGUCAUCGCCUCGCCGGCGAUAUCAGGGCCCUCCGCGCCCGUGCCGCCGCCAUCAACGAGCAGCAUGCUCGCUACGGCGUCAGCCUCGAGCCGCUGAGGCGCCCUCAUCUAGCCCAGUUGCCGGUGGUGGCGGCGGCGGCGCAUGGGCUCCGCCCUGCUAAUGACCCCAACAAUCAGCUCGUCGGCAUAAGUGGCCAGGUCGACACCCUGGCAGGGAUGGUGAAGGCGGUGCGUGGAGUGCCGGACAUGAGACUAAAGGUGUUCGCCAUUGUGGGGUUCGGAGGGCUCGGAAAGACGACGCUGGCCAUGGAGGUGUGCCGGCAGCUGGAGGCGGAGUUCCAGCACCAAGCGCAAGUGUCCGUGUCCCAAGCGUUCGAUGGCACCAAGGACCUCAAGGGACUUCUUAGGCGAGUGCUGCAGCAGAUCGUGAACCCGACAGUACAUGGUGGCCAAGGCCUCAGGGAAGAGAACAGCUUAGGGAACAUCGACAGCAUGGACGAGGACGCGCUGGCAAGCAAGCUUGAAGGGGCUCUCACGAAUAAGAGGUACCUCAUUGUGAUCGAUGAUGUUUGGACCACAGUAGCCUGGGAUGCAAUCCAAUCCAAGUUAUUGUUACCAGAUAACAAAUGCGGCAGUAGAAUCAUUGUGACCACUCGGAUAGAUACUGUCGCCAGAUUAUGCAGUUAUACUAGCGAUUGCAUCUGUCAUAUCAAGGCCCUCAGUCCUGAAGACUCAAAGAAGCUAUUUCUCAGCAGAGCAUUUGGCUCCACAAAUGGCUCUUGCCCUAGGGAGCUUGAAGAUGCUAUGGAGAAAGUUCUUAGAAAAUGUGGUGGGCUGCCUUUGGCCAUUGUAAGCAUUGCCAGCCUUUUGGCAAGCUACAAAUCUCCUGAAAGCAAACAUAUGUGGGAAACGGUUUUUAAAUCAAUUGGUUCGCAGAUGGAGAGCCAUCCUACCCUCGAGGGGAUGAGACAGAUAGUUACACUUAGCUACGACCACCUGCCUCAUCAUCUCAAGGCUUGCAUGAUGUACCUUAGCAUUUUCCCAGAGGAUUAUGUGAUCGUCAAGGAAAGAUUGUUGAUGAGAUGGAUCGCGGAAGGAUUGGUUGCUAAAAAGCGGGGGUUGACAUUGAUGGAGGUUGCAGAAGCAUACUUCAAUGAGCUCGUGAGUAGAAGCAUGAUUGAUCGGGCUGCCGACAUAGUAAACUACUAUGAUGGAAGGGAGGAGACGUGCCGGGUGCAUGACAUGAUGCUUGAGGUCAUGGUAGCAAAAUCCCUAGAAGCUAACUUUAUAAGCCUGAUAGGUGGGCACUAUGAAGGGAUGUCAUAUGAUAGGGUUCGCCGCCUCUCCAUCCAUGGCGGAGUAGAGCCAUCCAAGCAAUCAUCAUCUAAGAAAAUAGCAGCAAGGCAUGGUAGGAGGAAUGUCACCAAUAGGAUGGAUGUGCAGCAUGUUCGAUCACUAAGUAUAUUUGAGCUUGAAGGGCACACGCUGCUUAAUCAGCUAGGUGAGUUCACCCUGCUAAGGGUACUUGACCUGGAAGAUUGCAAGGGCAUAGGGAAAAAACAUAUGGCUCAUAUCUGCCGAAUGUACCUUCUAAAGUUUUUGAACUUGAGGGGUACAGAUAUUACUGUGUUGCCUCCAGAAGUUGGUGAGCUAGAGCACUUGCAAGUGCUCGAUGUACGCCGAACGUUCCUUACAGGUCUACCAGAAACAAUGACAGCGCUAGAGAAUCUUGAGAGCCUACAAUACUCCAAAAGGGAUGGAUACUGGACCUACCACUGGGAAGCUCCCAAGGGCCUAAGAAAAAUGAAGGCACUACGCAAGGUGAAUAAGAUGUCUGUCACAUCCAACAUUGAGGUUGCUAAGGAGAUUGGUGAGCUAGGGCUGUUGCAAGAGUUAACUAUCUUUGUUCCCUAUGGCAUUCCUCAGAAUGUCACAGAAGAGCUUAGCAUCUCCCUAAGCAGGCUAUACUCCCUCCGAUUCCUCAACAUUGAAAUUACUUAUCCUACUACUAAUGAUAGAAAGAAGGAGAAUUUCCUGCAUCACCUCAAGUCACCACCAAGGCUCCUCAGAUACCUGAGGAUGUGCGGUACCCUUGGUGAACGUACAUUGACAGACUGGGUCAGGUUACUGACUAAUCUUGUUGAGUUUGUGAUAGCUUGGGCAUACCUAAGUGGUGACACCCUAUUCGACGUCCUGUGUAAGUUGCCCAACCUGAAGAAACUAACCCUUGAGACAAACUUCUACGCCGAUAAAGAGAUAGUUGCAAAAACUACCCAAUAUUUUCCGAUGCUUUCCGAACUGAGAAUUUACAAUAAUCCUGGAGUUCCUGCAGUUUACCGAUUUGAGGAAGGAUCCAUGCCAAUGCUCGAGACCCUUGUGCUGAAAUUUUCAGUCCAUGGACAGAGCAGCAUCAUUGGAAUCGAGCAUUUGACCAACCUUAAAGAGGUGCAAUUUAGUGGUGAGAAACACAAAACGGAGGAUGAACUGGAGAAGCUAAAGGAAGAGAAUGCGAGGCGCAAGUGCAACGACUCCAAUCAGUUGACAGUCAAAGUGACAUACGAGUGAUCGCUCAUUGGUUGCGUUUGUUUUCUUAGUUGUUCAAGUAGAGCUCUUGAUUGAUGUUUCUUCAAUAUCAUUCGUGAUGUAGUUGUCAUAUAGUUGCUUCUAUCAUGUGAAGCUGGAGUAUGAUUGUAUGAAGCAGUUUAAUGUGAACGCUAUUAUUGAUUGUGAAUUGCUGCUAUAUUCGAUAA